AUGUCUGGCCAAGGACCCCCAAACCCAAAGCGGUUCAUUACCGACCACAAUCCAGAGGGAAAGGCUAUUUUCAGCACGAGCGUUGCCGAGGAGUUGCCCGAACAAAUUAUCGGCGAAGGAUACAAAUUCUUUCUCGGCUACACUACGAGCGAGACACCUGUGAACUUGGCAGACAGCAAGGACAUCGAGUCAUAUAAACAAUACAUGACCAACCCGCCUGGUAUCGUUAUUCCCGGCGGCACAGUCGUGCGCUUCGUCGACAUGCCGCCCGGGGGCGUGUCGCCCAUGCACCGGACCGUCAGCCUCGACUACGGCGUUGUGUUGGAGGGCACCGUGGUCCUGCGGCUGGACUCGGACGAGACGCGGCUCAUGCAGCGCGGCGAUGUUGCCAUCCAACGCGGGACGAUGCAUGCGUGGGAGAAUGGGAGCAAGACGGAGUGGGCGAGGAUGAUGUAUGUGCUCCAGGACAGCACGCCGGUGACUAUUGGCGCGGAACAGUUGGGCGAGGAUUAUGGCAUUGGUAUGGAUGGUGUGCGGCCCUCGGGGCAUUGA